AUGUUCGUGUGUAUUGGAUUCGUUGAAGACUCAUCGAAUCUAUCGCUCGAUAUUUAUGAUCCUGCGCUUGAGAACGGCAAUCAAACAUACCUGGCUGUUGUUGAGUGGGAUGGUUUGCACGAGCAGCAUUGCCUUAUUGCGCCAACUGAACAUGUAUGCUCAAGUAUUCAGUUGGACGAAAAUGUGUGGGAUGAGAUGCGAAUAUGGAGGAAAGAGGCUAGAGUUUAG